AUGGCUCCUAUUUUUGAAUCGAAUUUCUCAAUACGCAAAAUUCUUGCGAACAAUACCACUGCAAAAUCUGAAACAUGGGAUGGGAAUAAUCUAUCGCUAACACCACCACACCCUGAAGCCAUGACUGAUUCAGGCGACGCGGGAUCACCAAACAGCGAGCUAUUGGAUCAAAGACCUGCUUUUACCUUCAGUGCUUUGGUGUCCAUGGCAAUUCGGAGUAGUCCGGAAAAGCGUUUGCCAUUGAGUGCAAUUCAAGACUGGAUCACGGAAAACUAUCCUUAUUAUCGCAAAGACCAACACGGCUGGCAAAGUCAAGUGCGUCAUACUCUUAGCACUAAUUCUUGCUUUAUCAAAAUGCCGCGACCUCUGGACGACCCCGGUCGGGGAAAUUAUUGGGCCUUAAGUCCAGCAGUUGAAGGUAUGAAAGUAAAUUCCGCAAGUGGUCGCCUACAGUUUGAUCAAAGCAGUGCUGCACGUGCACAUUUUGCUAUUCAUAGCUAUGGGUAUCCAAUAAAUCACGUCAUGGCCCACGGCGUAGCGAUGAGCCAUCCACAAGCACCCACCGCAGUUUACUUUCCAACGCCAGCCGAACUUGGACAAGCCCGAUAUGCUAUGAUGAUGCAGGCUCUGCAAGAACAACAAGCUGUGCGUAGCAAAUCUGCAUCAUUAAAUGCGUGUGUCAUUCCAUGUGGACAAUCGUCCAACUUUGAGAUGACCAUUGAUGGUUUUAUCAUUGGUGAAGUCACUGCCGUUGCAGCGUUUGCUGUUGUCGCUGCUUAUGGCUUCGACUUUUGUCACAACACAACUACUUUACGGAUAAGUGACAAAUAA